CGGUCAAUUCUGUUUCAAUCAAGGCUCGCUGUUGAAAGCACCUACGAAUAAGCAGCUAUGAGAAUCGAGACCUGCCAUUUCUGCUCCCAGCCAUGCUAUCCGAGCAAAGGCAUAACAUUUGUGCGCAAUGACGCCCGUACAUUCCGCUUCUGCCGCUCGAAGUGUCAUAAGAACUUCAAGAUGAAGCGACAGCCCCGCAAGCUGAAAUGGACCAAGACCCACCGUGCUCUCCACGGUAAGGAGAUGAUUGUCGAUUCCUCGUUGCUCCUUUCACAAUUCGCGAAGAGACGAAACAUCCCCGUCAAGUACGACCGUAACCUGGUCGCGGCCACGAUCAAGGCCAUGGAGAGGGUGGAGGAGAUUAGACAGAGGCGGGAACGUGUGUUUACAAAGAAAAGAUUGGCUGGCAAGUUGGCACGGGAGAAGAAGAGAGCGGAAGACCGAAGGGUUGUGGCCGAGGGAGAACAUCUUAUUCGCAAGGAGCUCAAGGAAAUGGAGGAGGAGAACCUGCCGCUGGAGUCACUAGCAAACAAGAAUCUGAGCCACGUUGUUGGCGCGGAGAGACUACGUACAAAGAAGAAAACGAGACUUUUGGUGGAUGGCGGCACCCAGGACGAGAUGGAAAUCGACUGAAGGAGGAGACAUUUUUCUUUCGACAUCCUUAUUUUGGCUUCGAACAUUUGUUUUGGCUUUCCAUUCUACAGCGGAUAUAUAUGUCGGCGUUGGGAUUCCUAUCUUCUCAGACUUUUUCUUUUCUUUGUUCAGACUAAAAAGAGGGGGCGUU